GUGGUUGAAAAAUAAACCGUUUUCCACAAAUAAAAGAAAGCCGGUGUCGUUUUCAAUGUCAAACAGUAUUGUCCGCCUAUUCAGUACCUUUCGUCGCCCAACGGGUUCUUUGAGAAAUUGGUGCACUUGGAAAGAAGUACCGUUAUCCGGCCGUUUCCCUCACCGCUUUCGAACGGACCGCCUCAGCCCGUACAUUGUGUCAGUGGGGUAUCGGCAGUGUUUGUAUUCUUCGGUUAACGGUGUUGCGAGAAAUUUUUCGAGUUCGGUCACUCAAAUUGCGAACAAGAUGCCUGAAGCGACGAAACCCUUUCAGAGAUUACCACCAAAUGUAAAACCGAAACAUUACAGAUUGAGCCUGGUACCAGAUUUUAAGACGUUAACUUUCAAAGGGGAUGUUUCCAUAAGAAUUGAGGUCGUUGAUUCUACAGACGAGAUCUCUUUGAACGCUGCAGCCUUGAAAAUAGACUCUGCUGAGAUUAAGGGCGAUAAAGUUUUCAUUCCCAAAGAUAUUCAAGUUAAUCAGAGCGAUGAGACAGUCACCUUUAAAUUCGACACACACAUUUAUCCUGGUUCUUAUAGUCUGGACAUCGUUUUUAAUGGUGAUGUUAAUGAUAAAAUGAAGGGUCUGUACAAAAGCAAAUAUGUUAAUGAAAAUGGAGAAGACGCCUACGCAAUUGUGACUCAAUUUGAGGCUACAGAUGCAAGAAGGUGUUUUCCCUGUUGGGACGAGCCAGCCCUUAAAGCUACCUUCGAUAUCAGUCUAGUAGUACCUAAAAACUUAGUAGCUCUAUCCAAUAUGCCUGUUAAAGAUCAGCAAAUUAAGGGUGAUACAGUGCGAUACGACUUCGAGAAAACUCCCGUUAUGUCUACCUAUCUUGUGGCUGUUGUGAUCGGAGAAUACGACUAUGUAGAGGAUCGGUCCAGCGAUGGAGUAUUAGUCAGAGUGUACACACCAAAAGGCAAAAAGGAACAGGGGCGUUUUGCUUUAGAAAUAGCCAGUAAAGUACUUCCUUAUUACAAGGAGUACUUCAAUAUCGCCUACCCGCUGCCAAAAAUAGAUCUAAUUACAAUAGCAGAUUUUAGUGCAGGCGCAAUGGAAAAUUGGGGCUUGGUCACAUAUCGUGAGACGGCCCUUUUGGUAGAUCCACAAAACACGUCUGCAAUAAGUAAACAAUAUGUAGCUUUAGUAGUAGGUCACGAACUUGCCCACCAGUGGUUUGGAAAUCUAGUCACUAUGGAAUGGUGGACACACUUAUGGUUAAAUGAAGGUUAUGCUUCAUUCGUGGAAUUCUUAUGCGUAAACUACCUCUUUCCCGAAUAUGAUAUUUGGACACAAUUCGUUAACGAAUCAUAUAUAAGAGCUUUAGAAUUAGAUAGUUUGGACAACUCUCAUCCCAUAGAGGUUCCAGUGGGAAAUCCCCGUGAAAUAGAUGAAAUUUUUGAUGAUAUCAGUUAUAACAAAGGCGCCAGUGUUAUCAGAAUGUUGCAUCACUAUAUUGGCGACGAAGAUUUUAGGAAAGGUAUGCAUCUGUACCUUACCAAACAUCAGUACAAAAAUACGUUUACCGAAGAUCUCUGGGAAGCGUUGGAAGAAGCGAGCAAAAAGCCCGUGGCCGAAGUCAUGUCCACGUGGACGAAACAAAAAGGUUUCCCAGCGGUGACAGUAGACAGCCGACCGUCCCCAGGCGGUGUAACUCUUACCCUUUCCCAGAGUAAAUUUACCAGCGACGGCUUACCUCCUUCCGAAAACUACCUCUGGAUGGCCCCCGUUUCAAUAUCCACAUCCAAAAACCCCGGUAAAGAGGUCGCUUCGAUCGUACUGAAAGAACCCAAGACGGAGUUGUUCGUACCGGACGUAAGUGAAUCCGACUGGAUAAAAGUCAAUCCUGGAACGAUCGGUUUUUACCGUACCAGGUACCCGCCGGAAAUGCUGGAGCGUUUAUUGCCGGCUAUCAGGGACCAAACCUUACCUCCUCUGGACAGGUUGGGACUCAUCAAUGAUUUGUUCGCUAUGGUCAAGGCCGGUCACACGGGUACGGUGGAAGCGUUGAAGUUGCUGAAAGCUUUCGAGGGUGAGACGAACUACAACGUUUGGUCUUCUAUCAACGGAAUAUUGGCCAGGCUAUCGCAACUGUUGGGCGGAACGGAAUAUAGGCAGAGUUACGAAAAUUACCAAAAGGAAUUGUUAAGCAACGUUUAUAAUCGCUUGGGCUGGAAGAGUAAAUCUGGCGAAACUCAUCUCGACACUCUACUGAGAAGUUUAAUUUUGUGCCGAAUGGCAUUGCUAAAUGAUCCUAAAACUAUUGAAGAGGCCAGAACAAGAUUAGAUAAGCAUGUAGAAGGAAAAGAGGUUUUGCCUGCUGACUUGAGAACUGCUUGCUAUAAAGCUGUUCUUCACGCAGGAGGACAACAGGAAUUUGAUACUCUUUUGAAACUAUACCGAGCAACUGAUCUACACGAAGAAAAGGAUAGAAUAAGUCGGUCAUUAGGAUCGGUUAACGAUGUGGAAUUAUUAAAGAAAGUUUUGGAGUUUGCCAUGUCGGAUGAAGUUCGCACCCAAGACAAAGUUUUCGUCAUAAUCGCCGUGUCGCUCAACGCCAAAGGCCGGGACCUGGCUUGGGAAUUCUUCAAAACGAACUGGACCAAAAUCAAGGAGCUCAUAAGCGGUUCUCUGCUGACCAGUUUCGUCAAGUAUCUGACCGAGAACUUCUCGACCGAGGAAAAGUUGCGCGACGUAGAACGCUUCUUCCAGGAGCAUUCGACGCCCGGUACAGAAAGAACCGUUCAGCAAUCAGUCGAAACGAUACAGCUAAACAUCAAAUGGCUAGAAAGGGACGGGGAAUCGAUCCGGAAGUACCUUAGUUAAUAUUUACUGCGACCUCAGCGUGGUCACGAAAGGUUGGUUGAGAUGGCAAUUUUUAAAUGAAGAUUUUUUAGUCUUGAAACAUUAUUUUUAUUUUAUGUAUUUAUUGAAUAAAAAAUAUAGAACUUAAA